UGGUGCUGGAAUAGCCAGUGCCCACUCCUAAUAAACACGCUCUCUCCUCUCUCUCUCUCUCUCUAAUCUCCUUCCCAUCCCCCAUACCAUCCGUUCUCCUGUACCUUCUCUCUCCCACAUCCUCAUCAAACCCGGCUUUUUCUUCUCUUGAUCUUUUUGGUGGGAGUCUCAGUCCGGAGGGAGUUUUAGGGGGGCUCGUGUGCCGAAGGCUAGAGUCUGGGGCUGUGUAGAUUUCCACUCACUCCCACUCCGCCCCUCUCAGAUUUAGAAGCUUCAGCCACAGUCGCAGCAGCAGUAGAGAAAGAAACAAACGAGCGUGGUUUUCCGACGAUGGGUGAUAAGGCGACGAAUCUGGAUGCCGUCCUCAAGGAGGUCGUCGAUUUGGAGAACAUACCCUUGGAGGAGGUGUUCGACAAUCUGAGAUGCACCAGGGAGGGGCUGACAACAGAGCAGGCCGAGGAGCGGCUCGCCAUCUUCGGCCACAACAAGCUCGAGGAAAAGAAGGAAAGCAAGAUUCUGAAAUUCCUGGGGUUCAUGUGGAACCCACUAUCGUGGGUGAUGGAGGCCGCCGCCAUCAUGGCCAUCGCCCUCGCCAACGGAGGGGGGAAGCCCCCAGACUGGCAGGAUUUCGUCGGGAUUAUAACCCUGCUUCUGAUCAACUCGACGAUCAGCUUCAUCGAGGAGAACAAUGCUGGUAAUGCCGCGGCAGCCCUCAUGGCCCGGCUCGCCCCCAAAGCCAAGGUGCUCAGGGAUGGUCGGUGGAGAGAGGAGGAAUCGGCCAUCUUGGUCCCCGGGGACAUUAUUAGCAUCAAGCUUGGGGAUAUCAUCCCUGCAGAUGCCCGACUCCUUGAAGGAGAUCCAUUAAAAAUUGAUCAGUCUGCCCUUACUGGAGAAUCACUGCCAGUUACCAAAGGUCCGGGAGACGGUGUAUACUCUGGUUCCACAUGCAAACAGGGUGAGAUUGAGGCUGUCGUUAUUGCUACAGGGGUUCAUACUUUCUUUGGUAAGGCUGCACAUCUUGUAGACUCGACGAACCAAGUUGGUCACUUCCAAAAGGUCUUGACUGCUAUUGGAAAUUUCUGUAUUUGUUCGAUUGCGGUGGGAAUGUGUGUCGAGAUUAUUGUUAUGUACCCGAUCCAACACAGGGCCUAUCGCCCUGGAAUUGACAAUCUUUUGGUUCUGCUCAUUGGUGGGAUUCCAAUAGCCAUGCCCACAGUUCUGUCCGUGACAAUGGCAAUUGGCUCUCACCGCUUAGCUCAGCAGGGAGCCAUCACGAAGAGAAUGACUGCAAUUGAAGAAAUGGCCGGCAUGGAUGUCCUUUGCAGUGACAAAACAGGAACUCUUACUCUUAACAAGCUAACGGUGGACAAGAACCUUGUUGAGGUUUUUGCAAAAGGUGUAACCCCAGACACUGUAAUUCUAAUGGCUGCUCGAGCCUCACGAACUGAGAAUCAAGAUGCUAUAGACACUGCUAUAGUUAAUAUGCUUGCAGACCCAAAGGAGGCACGGGCUGGUAUUCAAGAGGUGCACUUUCUGCCCUUUAAUCCUACUGACAAAAGGACUGCUUUAACAUACACCGAUGGUGAUGGCAACAUGCAUCGUGUCAGCAAAGGUGCUCCAGAACAGAUCUUAAAUCUUGCACAUAACAAGUCAGAGAUAGAGCGCAGGGUCCAUUCUGUGAUUGACAAAUUUGCUGAGCGGGGGCUUCGGUCGCUUGCUGUUGCAUAUCAGGAAGUUCCAGAAGGAAGGAAAGAGAGUCCAGGAGCUCCAUGGCAGUUCAUUGGCCUCAUGCCACUUUUUGAUCCCCCAAGACAUGACAGUGCAGAAACAAUUCGGAGGGCACUCAACCUUGGUGUUAAUGUCAAAAUGAUCACAGGUGAUCAGCUGGCCAUAGGGAAGGAAACUGGCCGCCGUUUGGGGAUGGGUACAAAUAUGUACCCCUCAUCUGCUUUGUUGGGCCACAACAAGGAUGAGUCAAUAGCUGCUUUGCCAAUUGAUGAACUUAUAGAGAAGGCUGAUGGUUUUGCUGGUGUUUUCCCGGAGCAUAAGUAUGAAAUUGUUAAACGCUUGCAAGCAAGGAAGCAUAUAUGCGGUAUGACUGGUGAUGGUGUGAAUGAUGCUCCUGCCUUGAAGAAGGCUGAUAUUGGGAUUGCGGUUGCUGAUGCAACUGAUGCAGCUCGUAGUGCUUCUGAUAUUGUUCUUACAGAACCUGGUUUAAGUGUCAUUAUCAGUGCUGUGCUGACCAGUCGGGCCAUUUUUCAGAGAAUGAAAAACUAUACUAUCUAUGCAGUUUCAAUUACAAUCCGUAUUGUGCUUGGGUUCAUGCUGCUGGCUCUCAUUUGGCAGUUCGAUUUUCCACCCUUUAUGGUCCUUAUCAUUGCAAUCCUCAACGAUGGUACCAUAAUGACUAUAUCAAAGGACAGGGUGAAGCCAUCUCCUCAGCCGGACAGUUGGAAGCUUGCUGAGAUUUUUGCAACCGGAAUCAUUCUGGGUGGUUAUUUGGCAAUGAUGACAGUCAUUUUCUUCUGGGCUGCAUACAAAACCAACUUCUUUCCGCGGGUAUUUCAUGUUGAAAGCCUUGAGAAAACAGCUCAGGAUGACUUUCAGAAGCUUGCAUCUGCAGUCUACCUGCAAGUGAGCACCAUCAGUCAGGCACUCAUAUUUGUGACACGAUCCCGCAGUUGGUCCUUUGUUGAGCGGCCUGGUUUGUUUCUGGUUACUGCUUUCUUGGUUGCUCAGCUGGUUGCUACCCUUAUAGCCGUGUAUGCCGACUGGGGAUUUGCUGCAAUCAAGGGGAUUGGAUGGGGCUGGGCUGGUGUCAUCUGGCUUUACAACAUCAUCUUCUAUUUUCCACUUGAUAUAAUCAAGUUCCUAAUCCGCUAUGCUCUGAGCGGGAGGGCAUGGGAUCUUGUCAUCGAGCAAAGAAUUGCAUUUACCAGGCAGAAGGACUUCGGAAAGGAAGCUAGGGAGCUCAAGUGGGCACAUGCUCAGAGAACACUGCACGGGCUGCACCCUCCCGACACCAAGAUGUUCAGUGAGAGGACCAGCUUCACCGAUCUUAAUCAGAUGGCAGAAGAGGCCAAAAGGCGAGCCGAGAUUGCAAGGCUUAGGGAAUUACACACAUUGAAGGGACAUGUGGAGUCUGUCGUGAGGCUGAAGGGCUUGGACAUCGACACCAUUCAGCAAGCCUAUACUGUGUGAUUGGUCAAACUUGAGCGCCAUAGGAAUGGCAAGCAUCUCAAUUGAACGAACUAUUGGAAAUAUAUCCAUAGUUCCGCUGCUGACGUGUAAAUUCUGUGAACGGCUCUUAUCUGAUUGCAAUCUAUCAUCGUCCCAGAUCGUGAACUCUUGAUAAUUUUCUGGAA